CUUUUGACAAACAAAAUAAUUUUGUUUGUUCUCACUUUACCGCUAAUUUUAAUAGCUUAGAAUUUUUUCUAUUUUAGAAUUGCAAGUUUUCGUAGUUGAAGAUUUUUUAAUUCGUAUUUAUUUGUAAUAAUAAAUUUUUUAAAUUUAAGACUUCAUCAUCGAUCAUUUCCACUUGAUGAUUGUGAUCCUGAUACCACAACAUUUCAUUUUCGCACGUGUGUGCUCGUUUGCUUGCCUGCCGAGUGCUGUUGACACGAAAUAAAAAAUCUUUUAAAAAUUCAUCCAGUGACUCUGGUUUAUUGAACGAUGUCGUUUUUCAUCAGAGGGAAGAACAGCGUCAAUUUUAAGAAGCCUGAGAAAACUCUGAAACGAAAACGUUUAGUUAAGAAAAAUAAAAAGGGCAAUGACGAUGCAGACGACUUGGUCGCCUCUAAGAAGCUGAAAGAUGACGACAAUGAAGAAAUCUCCAGCGAAUCUGACGAGGAGAGACCAGCACAGAAUGGCAAUGUCGAGCCCAGUUCUGACGAGGAAGAGGCAGAAACUGCCCAAGAGAAGAGAAUCAGGCUGGCAAAGACAUACCUUCAGGAAAUCGAGCGCCAAGAACGAGAACGAGCUGAAUCAAAGGACAUUGACAAAGAAGCAAUCGGGAAAAGGAUCAAGGAAGAUUUACUCGAGCAGGCAGGAAAAUUGAGGAAGCAAAUUGCAGAUCAGUUUGUCGGGUAUAAACAAGAGGAAAUCAAGCAGCUGAGGUGCAAGGAGCACAAUUCUGCCAUCACUUCGCUGGCAAUAUCGUUAGACGGGCAAUUUCUGUACUCGGCAUCAAAAGACUGCAGCAUUGUAAAAUGGAACUUAACAGAAAAGAAGAAAGUCAAAAGCAUACCUGGAGGAAGAAAGGGCACUGAGGAUAGACACAAAGGUCACACAACCUCUGUCAACGGCAUAGCAGUUUCCUCUGACAAUAAAUUUUUGGCUAGUGGUGAUGAAAUUGGACAAAUUCUUAUCUGGGAUGCAGAAACAUUGGAGCUGCUGAAGACUUUUAGACACCAGGCAGCUGUGACUGGAUUGGUGUUCCGAAGGGAUUCUCAUCAACUCUACAGCUGCUCGAAAGAUCGUUCUGUGAAAAUUUGGAGCCUUGAUGAAAUGGCAUUUAUUGAGAGUCUAUUUGGACACCAGUGUGGUGUUACCUCAAUUGAUGCACUGACGAGAGAAAGAGCUAUCACAUCAGGUGGACGAGACAACUCGUUGAGAAUUUGGAAGAUUGUCGAGGAGUCUCAGUUGAUUUACAAUGGGCACAAGGGCAGCAUUGACAGUGUGAAAUUGAUCAAUGAAGAAAAUUUCUUGUCGUGUGGAGACGACGGCAUGCUUUGCCUGUGGGGUUCUAUGAAGAAGAAACCGUUAGAAGUGGUUGAAAACGCUCACGGAGUUGACAGUGAAAACGACCAGCCACGCUGGAUUAGUAGCAUUGCUUCUUGUCUGAACACAGAUUUGGUAGCUUCAGGUUCAAAUGAUGGCUUCCUUAGGUUAUGGAAAUGUGGGGAUGGCUUCAAGAAUUUAACUCCUCUCCUUUCGAUUCCUGUAGUUGGUUUUGUGAAUGCAAUCUGUUUUACACCAGACGGAUCACACGUGAUUGUUGGCAUUGGCCAAGAACACAGACUAGGGCGUUGGUGGCGCAUCAAGGAAGCGCGGAACAGCAUUUUGAUUAUGCCUCUUUUAAAGAACACUGAAAUCACAGAAGCUGAGAGUAAUAAAGAAUAAAUAUUUUUACUGGA